AUGAGUUUUCAAUUGAACUUUAACAAGACAAAUAAUGGUACAGCUAGUGCUGCGCCAUUGUUCGGCAGUUCCAGUACACCAUCCAAGUCUUCAGAUACCGGAAAACCUCUUUUUUCAGGGUUUGGUCAAAAUCAGGGAGCUCAGGGAACUCAAAACACUGGAAGCUUAUUUGGGAAACCUACACAAGAAGGAGCAGCAACAACAACAACUUUUGGCAGUUCGCAAUCACAACUUUUUGGAUCGCUCGGUAGUAAGCCUGCAGCGUCGGGAUUUGGCUCUACGAACACUGCUGCGACAAGUGGGUCUGCUAACUUUAGUCCGUUCAAUGCCUCGAAAUCGGGAUUAGAGGCCGGUCAAGAAAAAACCCAGAACUCGCCAUUCUCUUUUGGUGCAGCUCCCUCGGGCCAAAAUAGCACUUUUACGUUUGGCAGCAGCACCGCCGGCAAAACCAGUUCUCCUUUUGGUCAAGGAGCCUCGACGCCAAGUGCAGGGCAAACCGCAUCUGAGCCUGUGAAGGACAGCAAGCCAGCUUUCAAUUUCAGCACAGGUAACCAAGCCACUGCAUCGACUGAUGCCAAUAACAAAAGCGAAGCCAAACCGACUUUCAAUUUCAGCACAGGUAACCAAGCUGCCUCAACCACUGACGCCAAGCCGGCUUUCAACUUCAGCACAGGUAACCAAGCCACCGCAUCGACUGAUGCCAAUAACAAAAGCGAAGCCAAACCUACUUUCAAUUUCAGCACAGGUAACCAAGCUGCCUCAACCACUGACGCCAAGCCGGCUUUCAACUUCGGCACAGGUAACCAAGCUUUCUCAUCCUCUGACGCCAAGCCGGCUUUCAACUUCGGCACAGGUAACCAAGCUUUCUCAUCCUCUGACGCCAACAACAAAACUGAAACCAAACCUCUCUCAUUUCAAAAUGCUGAAAAUAAAGACUUGUCGAAAGGAUUUACCUUCGGGGCUUCUACUGCUGGCUCUUCUUCCAAACCUUCGCUUGGAGGAUUUGGCGGUGCAACACAACCUUCAGCAAAAGCAGAAAGCACAGACACUAAAAAACCCGGUUUCUCCUUUACAAACGGUAUCGACGCCAAUGAGAAGAAGAACGAAGCUCCUGCUCCCGUCAGCUUUGGAGCUACUCCAAGCAAUGCAACUGAUAAGAAAGAGGGUGGAAGCUUUAAUUUUAACCCAAUAAAAGGCACUAGCAAUGAAAAACCUGCCUUUAACUUUGGGUCUUCCUCUUCGAGCGGCGUCACUGGCAACAAACUUGGAAUUGAUUCAGCUAAAUCUGAGCAAAAAGAUGCCAACAAGCCGACUUUCAAUUUCGCAGACAGCAGCAAGACAGGGUCUCUUUUCUCGGGUGCCACACAAAAUGAAGCUCCUAAAAACACCCCACUAUUCGGAUCUGUCGCAAGUAAAAAAGAAGCACCUCUUUUUGGAGCUAAAGGCGGGGACAAUGAAGCAAAUAAAUCAGAGGACAAAAAAGAGACGAAGAGCGAUCCCAAAGUCGGUUCAUUGUUUUCUACUGGCGAACCUUCGACAGCCGCAACAAAGGGUUUUAAUUUUGGAGCAAGUAGUAAAUCCGGCGCUGAAGCACAGCCAGGCAUUGCUGCAAAAUCCUCGACUCUGUUCGGGGGAUUAUCUGACAAAAAAACAGAGAAGCCUGCCGGUAAUGACAACAUAUUUGUCAAAAAACACUCCAUUGAUGAUGCGCAACAGGACUCUAAGCCCACUUCUACCACGGGGACGAUUAGUGACAAAAAGUCUACUUUGGGGGGGUUCUCGUUAGGAAAAGGAAGCAAUGACACAACCUCUUCUAAACCCGCAUUUACGUUCGGUGCGAACAAUUCUAAAGAGACCGCCACCACUGCUGCCGCCGAUAAUGAUAAAAAGACUGCCUCAUCUGCAGCUAAGACAUCGGAUAUAUCAUUCAGUGGCAAAAAAAGUGAGAAAAGCGAGGCCAAAAAAGAAGCGUCCACUGCUUCAGCUGGAACUCAGAAUACGCAGAAACCUGUUGACCUACAACCUGUUUCGCUUGACAAUAAGACUUUAGACGAUCUGGUGACCAAAUGGACUUCUCAGUUGAGCGGGUCUGCUGAGCAUUUUAGCAGUUAUGCUAACAAAGUGAAAGAAUGGGAUCAAGUUUUGAUGCUAGGCGGUGAGCAUAUUGGUCAGUUGUAUUCUGAGAUGGUAAUGGCGGAGCAAACUCAAAGUCGGGUUGAUCAAUCUCUCCAGUAUGUCGAACGACAACAAAGCGAGUUGGAAACCUUUCUGGAUAACUAUGAGAAAAAGGCCGAUUCCCUUCUUUCGGGCGUGUUUUCAUCCCCAUCAGGAUCAUCCGCCAAUAUCAACGACCAAAAAAGGCAACAAGUAUACCAAACUGCCCAGGCUCUGGAUGAUAACUUGACGUCUCUUUCGACAAACUUGUCAUCUUUGAUUUCAGAAAUUAACGGCGUUAGCGACACUUUCAAUAAGGCUACCAACAUGAGUGUUACUAAUGAAGACGAGAACACACAGCUGAUAAAACUAUUAAACUCUCAUCUAGAUGCAUUAAAGUCGCUGGACAACAGUUCAGAGUCCCUGGAGAAUAAAAUUAGAUCUCUCUAG